AUGGAAUGUGCAAUUAUUUCACAUAACAUGGAUUAUGUAACAUUGUUAUACAAUACAUACAAUCUGAAAAUCGAGGUAUUCAAAUGCAUUGACUUCAGAAAUCUCCCAGCAUUUUUCUAUUACUAUGAGCAAACUAAUGAUGCAGAAUGCUUUAUCGAGUCACCAAAAUUAAAAAUACAAUCACUUUGUGCAUAUUUCAUUUCACAUGGCGCUGCAAUCAACGAAAAAUCAUCACUGAAUCGUACAGCAGUUCAUUUUGCUACAAAGUGUAAUGAUAACAAUAUGGUUGAAUUCCUUAUUUUACACGGCGCAGAUAUCAAUAUAGUUGGUGAUAUUCUUAGCGGUUCAUGCCUCCAAAUUGCAAUUACAAAUAGAAAUUUGGAGUUAGUAAAAAUCCUUCUUUUCCAUGGUGCAAAAUUAAAACAUGAUUCCAACGAGCAGUACUCAGCUCUUCGCACUUGUGCAAGGUGCGGAACAAAAGAAAUCGCUCAACUUUUAUUAGAUCACGGAGCAGAUUUCAAUGCAGAAAAAGACCUUCUACAUGAUUCUGCAUUAAAGAACAAUACAGAAGUGGCCGAAUUCCUUCUUCAACACAGUGCAGAUAUUAAUGCACGUUCAUUUGAUGAUUCAACACCUCUUCAUCGUGCAGCUCUCGGCUGCUCGUUUGAAACAGCUAAAUUCCUUAUUGACAAUGGGGCAAAUGUCAAUGCAAAAACAAAAAUAGAAAGAACUCCAUUUCACAUACUUGCAUGGAAUCCAUGUCAACAGGCUUUCUACGUUCUCUUAAGAGAUGACCGAAUUGAAAAUUCAAAAGAAACUGACAGAGUUGCAGUUUUCCAGUCAGUAUCAAAUAAAAUCAAAGACUUGGUCGAAUACUUCAUCUCUCAUGGCGUUGAAAUAGAUGCCAAAGAUGAAAAAGGAAAAACUCCUCUCCAUUAUGCAUCCAAAUCGAAUAACCUUGAUAUGGUUGAAGUUUUGAUUUCUCAUAAUGCUGAUAUCAAUGCGAAAAGCCAAAAAGGAAAAUCUGCUCUCUUUUAUGCAGAAAAGGCCAACAACAAAGAAAUAGCAGAUUAUCUUAAAUCACACGGUGCUGAAACAAUUCCAGUUUAA